GUGUGAAUAAAGUGCAGAUUUUCCGUCAUUUAAACCCUUAUAAAGGAUUGCCUGUCCACAUCUUCGCAGUAGUGUUGCAGUGUCACCCUCAAGCGCUGAGAGAAGCAAACCCACUAUAUGCUCAGCUGCUAAUCACAGGAUUAUUCUGUUUAACUAAGACUAUUAAGUGUUCCACUUUCAAAUGGCGUCUCCCACGGGCAGACCUUGGGAAGGAUGAUCCCUCCGCCGCAGGGAUCACACAGACAGCCGAAUGCUCCAUGAGCAGCCCAGGGGAAGGGCUGAGAAAAUGCUUUUGUACGGCAACAGGAUGUCACGGUAGUCUACUCUCGGGACACAGACGAAGAAAGAAGGAUGAACAUCGGGAAGAAGACCUCAUCUGGCUCCUUAUAUCCCACAUAAAUUCAAUCAGUUCUGGACCCAGCAGCUAGAAUCUGUCUGCAGAUAAUUCAACCCCUCACCUUCAAACAUCCUGCAGAGUGGUGAAAUAAUUUCACCGACUUAAAGUUGUGCUCUCAGCUCAGAGGAGAGAGCGUUUACCAGGUGAAGCUGAACACUGCUCUCAUUAGUCACACAUGCAGCCACCUGCCACUCACCAGAGAACGACGACGCCGGAGCGCUGAAAGUUUCCACACCUAUUUCUGUGCACAUUCAGAAGAGACACUUGAGGAAUGGCUUAGGCUCCGUGACCGGUGUUCCAGCGCUUCUAUCAUGGCCAGCACGGCGGUCCAGCUCCUCGGCUUCUUCCUAGGACUUCUGGGCUUUGCAGGAACCAUUGUUGCAACUUUGCUCCCCCACUGGCGCAGCACAGCCUACAUGGGGUCCAACAUCAUAACAGCCACCGCCUACAUGAAAGGCCUGUGGAUGGAGUGCGUCUGGCACAGCACGGGCAUUUACCAGUGUGAGCUGUACCGAUCUCUGCUGGCGUUGCCCCCUGACCUGCAGGCUGCUCGGGCUCUCAUGGUGCUCUCCUGCAUCUCCUCCGUCUUGGCGUCUCUGGUGGCUGUAAUGGGGAUGAAGUGCACCCACUUUGCCCAACGUUCAGUGGUCAAAUCCCCCCUGGUCCUCAGCGGCGGGGUCGGUUUCCUCUGCGCCGGCCUCCUCUGCCUCGUCACCGUUUCCUGGACCACCAACGACGUGAUCAUGGAUUUUUACGAUCCCUUUCUUCUCAGUGGGAUGAAGUACGAGAUCGGCUUGGCUGUGUAUCUCGGCUACGCCUCGUCCUUCCUCAGCGUGACCGGAGGGCUGGUGCUGUGCUGGAGCAGCAGAGAAAGGUCACAGGGUCGCCGCCAUGCGCAGACACAUCAACCUUCAGCUCCUCCACCUCCCUUCAACAACCUAAACCCCCCUGCUCCUCUCUACAGGCCCCCUGAGGCCCUGAAGGACAAUCAUGCACCCUCACUUUGCUCCCUUUCUAGCAGCGGAUAUCGGCUUAAUAACUAUGUCUGAAAACAUGGAGAUAAUAACACAUAUCUUUAAAAAAGCACCAUGUUAAACCAAAAGAAGAAUACCUAAUUUUUCUGCUUAAAGAGUUCGUUUUGAAUUGAAAGCAAAACUCUGAAUUAUUGACCUUUCAAGUAAAGGAACUGGAACUCUUGUCUUGUUGUGAUGCAUCAAAUUGGCCAGUAGGUGGCAGCAUGUUGCAGGAAACAGAGAAUACAAAACGGGCUGUUGAUCAGACUCCAGUUUCUGCAGCACUGAAGUCAUAACUGUCCUGUCAUUUUCCUCUUGUGGCCUUUUAGUCAAAACUAAAAUGUUCUUAGUCAUUUAUCUAUUUCAUUUACAUCACAAUAAAAUAAACAUCUAUUGGUGAAGAUUAACACGUUCUCCUUGAUAAAAUACAUUUGAUUUUUAUUUUAUUUUUUUUUCACAUUUUCUAAACUAAAGUUUGGCACAAGUCAUGUAGUGUUAGACACCAAAUUAGACGUUUUAGAUCAUGCAAAAUGCUGCCAUUUUCACAAAUUUUAGUCCUGCUUAAUACUAAUAGGGUCUUUUGUUUUCUCAGAAGUAAAUGUUCAUCCAAUUUAGUUAUUAACAUUUGUUCUGUUCUUUCUUUAUCUUCACCAAAUUUAAAAUAAAACUAUAUUAAUAGGUAUACUAUAUACUGAGACUUUAGACUUAAAGUCGUCUGGAAGAAAUGGAGACUGCAUCUUGUGGGGCGAUGGCUUUCCUUUGUUCUUUAAGUCCAGUAAUGAUCACAUUUGAAUCCCUUUUUCGAGCAUUUUAUUUAAAUUCAGUUUAUUUUUACAGCACGAAUUCAAAACACUUGUCAUCUAAAUGCACUUUAUAAAUCAAAAAGUCAUUUCAAACCAGUCAUGCAGACAGAUUCGAAGUAAAGUAGAAGCAUUUCAAACUGAUUGUAGUUGCCCAACUAACUUAUUUCAGAAUAUUGUUUGUAAAAGUUAAGUUUUCUGUCAUUGUGAGAAAAUAAGUUAUGAGGAUGUCCUCUUACAGAUGUUCUUAAAUUUUAUUACCAUUUUGUUUCCUUAAGACUUUCUAAUUCUCCUAAUAUCCCUUGUGAUGUUUGCAGGAACCACAAGGUGGCAAUAAAGAUCUAC